AUGAGAACAGUUUUCGCCGUGAACAAGCCCGAGUUGUGCCAUGAGCUGUUUGAGCAUUUUGCAGGGUGCAACGUGGUGCAUCUCUCAUCGGUGAGUGAACUCCUGGUGUAUUUGUACGCCCACAGGCUCUCGGGUGAAGACACAUUUGAGCGGACGUUGUCGCUAGUCGUCCACCAGCAGCCACAGCGUGAUUCCCAGAGCAGCUCAGAUCCAGAGCUGGAGUCAAUUACCACUGCGGAACUGGCGUAUCUGGUGCAGAAACAAUUUCCCUGUUUCAGUCUCAGCGUUACAGCUCCCGCAGAAGUGCCAAAAGCCUUGAAACACCUGCGUGAGUGCGCUUCCCUAUACGCCAGCCGUUUGGCAAGAGUCUCCACCUGGAUGUACAACAAUUACGAAGGCUGCAAGAAACCAUUCACAGGCCACGAGACCCACAAUGCUUGUCAACAAGAUGAAACGACUCCCAACUCAUCUUCUUGCUCUGCAAACGUGUAUACAAUGCUUUCCCAUCUUACACGAGUACGCAACAACAGUCAUCAAAGUGCGGGUCUGCCAUGCACGAAACUCAUCUCCACCGCUCUCAAUCUUCGAGAUUUGAUCAUUCUACCGAAGGAUAAAGUCUCGAGCGACCACUACUGGAAACUCAUUUCUACUUGGGAUUUCUGUGCCAUGAGUCUUUCGACCUCAGAGCUUAUAUGGUGCAGUUAUCUGAUUCUUAAAAAAGUUGCGCAUGACGCCAACUUUCAUAUUUCAGACAACGACCUAUUCUUAUUUCUGUUGAGCUUGGAGGCUUCUUACCAUCAGGGCAACAAGUUUCACAGUUUUAGACAUGCCGUCGACGUUAUGCAAGCCACUUGGCAGCUAUGUUGCCAUUUGAAGUCUCAUUUCGAAAAAAAUUCCUCCAUACUAGUCGUCUGCGUUGCGGCCAUUGGUCACGACGUUGGACAUCCAGGUACAAAUAACGCUCUUAUGUGCGAUCCAAUUUCACCCGUUGCCAAAUUGUACAACAAGGCUUCCGUGCUUGAAAACUUUCAUACCGAAAUCUUCUCAGAUCUCCUCCAAGAACAUUGGCCCCAGAUCUUGCAACAGAAAACUAUCUUGUCCGAUACCAUUUUGGCUACCGACAUGGCCUUGCAUUCGCAAUAUGUGCAGUUAAUGGAUGCGGGUCCCUCGAAACUACCAAGUCUACUGUCAUUGAUUCUAAAGGCCGCGGAUAUAUCAAACGUCACCCGUCCUCUACAUAUCUCUACCAACUGGGCAGUCUUAAUCACUUGCGAGUUCAGUGAAUGUGCCGCACUCUUGAAGUCAAUUCAGAACAAUGAUAUUUAUGGGCACAAGGUGACGGAUUGCGACGAACCUAUUCCGGAUUGCAUAGAAAGCAUUUUGAUAAAAUAUCCAUCCAUACCAAAGGGUCAGCUUCUGUUCAUUAAUGCAUUUGCAGAAAGUUUAUUUGCCGGUUUAGCAGAAUGUUUUCAAGAGCUGAGGUUUUUGCAUAAUAAUGUUCAGGCAAACAAGAAAUUUUGGGAAGGGAAAUGUAAAUAA